AGUUGUCGGCAAAAGCUCUCCAUAUUCGAUGUUACCAUCCCUCCAGAAUUGAUAAAGGAGAAGCAAAGUGAAAAGAACCUGUGUUAGCAAAUAACUCCCUACUGUCUUAUAGUGAAAACGUUUGGAAUUGUGAUAAUUUCCAUCCUAAUGGACAGGUUGCCAUUAUUACCCAUUAGAGGUUAGAAUUGAAACUGAAGAUGUAAACCGUGAUAUGUUACAAAGUGAACAAAAAAACUAGUCGACGUUUUCAAUCGGAGUGUUCCAUUAAUGGUUAACGGUUAUCUGUCAGCGGAGGCUGGACACACUUAUUCAUCCACUAGAGAUAAAGCAAAUAUGUUCUACCGAAAAUGUAGGGAAAAUACAAAGUGGACUGGGGAGAACGCAGUGAAAUUAUAAAACCGUAUUUAACUGAAGGAAUCAUCGUGAUCGAGAUUCCAAGUACAAUCCGUUCUGUUUCGGUUACUGUGGGGAACCAUACAGUUUCUUUCCUCCCUCGAUAUCAAAAUGAUGAUGUCUGUUGCGUGACACAAUGUCAGAAAGAAGAAAGGCGGACAAGAAAGCCGUUAGUAUUUUGUAUCUCUUUGAGUUGGCAUGGAAAUGACGUCAAUGAGAUGAAUGAGAGAGAAGAGCUGUUUGAUAGUAGAGGAAAAAUGAAGGGAACAUUUAUAACGAAGAGAAUAGUAAACGUGUGAUUUUUUUUCAUGGUUGAAUAUGUUGUUUCCCCUGAAUCGUGUGACCAUCGAUUUCUCGAUAGUAUCCGGCCGGUGAUUGCCAGAAGGCUGGAGAAGAGUUCCAGAUUUGGGAUAAAAUUUAAUAAAGGAAAACUAAAACAACAAGAACAUAUUACAAGUGGAUCAGCUUGAGUAUUAUGGACAAAGUACUGAUCUUUUUGGUGGGAAGUAAUUCCAACGAUAGGAGGAAUAAGGAAAUGUUAGGAAGCAGAAAGGAAAUUCGAGAACGAAAACCAUCUAAAGGCCAGGCGGUUCUCAUCCAGGCUAAUGGUACGUCUGAGUGGUGUGCCGUCACUUUGAAAAAUCUUCAGAAACCAGCAGUAUCCCUUUUAGCCCCUCUCUGGGUGCUUUACUGAGGACGAAGAAGGUUGCCUCGUCCAGAAAUAAAGUUCACUCAUCGUCGUGUUCAAUUUAAAUCGAUAUAAAUGCGGCUGAAAGAGUCACAUGGUAACUAGCAGCCUUGGUAUAAUUAUGAGCUGAGUGGAGCUUUAUCUUGAGAAAACAAUAGAGCUCUAAUCGGGGAGAGAGGAGAAAUUCAACAAAUGUCAUCCAAGAUUUUCCUAGAAUUUUUGGAAUUGAAAAAAUGGAGAGCUAAGAACUUGAGAAUUUAAUGCAAUACUCAAAAGGAAUGAGAAGAUAGAAGAAACGAGAAGAUAAUAGUCUAGGCGUUCGUUAUCGCAACUGAUAAUUAGGAACUUCAGCGAGUUGAGACACGGAUCAUCCAAGAAACGGAAAAGGAAAAGGAGGCGCUCUAAGAAAGGCUUGAAUACAUUGGAGAGCAGCUAAUGGCGCGGAGAAUAAACAAGGAGAAAAGUGAAAAAUGAGGGGUUUGAAAAUUUGCACCGAGAAAUCAUAAAUUUACGGAACUGAAAGUUUUUUUGUUGGAACACGUAUAAAGAGGAUAGGAGGGAUUGGGGACUUUGAUUAUCCAACAAUAAACGCAUCGACCUCAGUUGACACAUCGCAAAUGUGAUCCUAGCGGAGUGCGGGGUCAAGGCGCUAAGCCUGGAAGACUCGUCAGGCUUAGAGGGUGAUAAAGGAUCAAUGAUGAGAAUUUUCUGUGUUACUAACACACGGAGAAUAUUAUACGGCGUUAGGACUCAUAUACGUAUUCAUUUGUUAUCAAUGAUGGUUUACAAUGGUUCUUGAUUCAGUGAAAUAAUAUCAAACACUGUGAACCGUGUAGACAUUCUCCUGAGUCCAGUCUCUACGAAGAGAAAAAAAUCUAUUAUCAAAUAAUUAAACAUGGUUGAACGUUGGACACUUAUUUUACCCCUGCUGAAUGUGUUCGUGUAUCUUCAGAGUGGCAGGGUAACAUCAAAAACAACGCCAGAGAGAGAGGCCAUUCUCAUACCUGGGGAUAUAGUUCUCGGUGGACUUUUUCCCGUUCAUGAUAAGGGAGAAUUUACGUGUGGAUCCAAAGUUUAUAACAGAGGAGUGCAGAGACUUGAGGCCAUGCUUUUUGCUGUUGAUCAGAUUAAUCAGGAAAAUAAAAUAUUGCCCGGUAUUUCACUCGGUGUUCAUAUACUUGAUACGUGCAGCAGGGACACGUAUGCACUCAAUCAGAGCCUACACUUUGUGAGAGCCUCGUUAUCGAAUCUAGACAUUAGUAUACUCGAGUGCACUGAUGGCUCAACACCUAAGGUCAGGAACACAGCCAGUGCUGGACCAAUUUUUGGAGUCAUCGGAGGAUCCUACAGUUCAGUGUCACUCCAGGUGGCCAAUCUCCUGCGGCUAUUUCACAUCCCCCAAAUAUCACCGGCCUCAACAGCAAAAGCACUGAGUGAUAAAACAAGAUUUGACUAUUUCGCCCGUACGGUACCACCAGAUACCUUCCAGUCAAUUGCACUUGUAGAUGUCGUUAAGAGUGCUAAUUGGUCAUACGUAUCGACGGUUUACUCCGAGGGAUCCUACGGUGAAUAUGGUAUCGAGAUGAUGGGGAUGUACGCAGUUUGCGAACGAACUGAAAUAACUAUAUUUAGACACUCGGAGUAUACAACGAUUAUUGAGGAGGUUUUUGUGCUAGUGUAUCCAUCCCAUCAAUUGUACGACAAUAGCUGCAUCGUAUUAGAGUACCUUCUCAGCGAUUUAUAAAUGGUAAAAUUUUUCAGUGUUCAAGGGAUCCAAAAUUUCCAUCAUAUGUUUUCAGCAUGUUAAAAAAUUUUCACUAAAAUUUGAAGUAUUUUGUCUGUGGCAUUUUUGAUAAUAAAUAUUUUGAAAAAUUCA